AUGACAUACUCCACAGGUCGAGGAGGCGCUGGUAAUAUACACCAGUCCAAAGAUAAAACAUCUGAGCAAAGCACGGUAACUCACGAACAACCGGAAAGUAUACAGGAAGAUCUCCGCAAAACUACAUCGGGUGGUGGUGGCGAUGCUAGGCCACACAAUGAACAAAAAUCAUACUACUACUCCACAGGAAGAGGAGGGGCAGGCAAUAUCAAGAAAUCCAGCCAGUUGCCAUCACCCAAGUUAGAUCCUCAGAGCUCAAACACACCCCAUCUUACAACACCAAAAGUAACCACUGGUCGCGGUGGGUUUGGAAACAUGGUUGAUAAUAACGAUCCUGAGUUGACGAGAAAACUUCAAGAUGUUGAGCGCGAAGAUCUAUCUAAUGUCAAGAGUCUCGAUUUACAAGCUAUAAAUUCCAAGGGAGUUAGUGUUGGACGUGGUGGGUUUGGUAAUGUUAUUCUGAAUUCAAGGAGUAGAUCAUCAUCAGAACAUGAAAAUGGUAUUCCUGCAUUGUACAGUGUUUCAUCGCAUGGUCCAAAGAAACAAAAGAAGAAAGGCGGGUUUUUGGAAAAGAUCAAAGAGAUUUUUGCAUGA